AUGGACCUGCAGAAUUAUUCCUUGGUGUCAGAAUUUGUGUUGCAUGGACUCUGCACUUCACAAUAUCUUCAAAAAUUUUUCUUUGUAUUCUUCUCUGAGAUCUAUGUGGUCACUGUGCUGGGCAACCUUAUCAUUGUGGUCACUGUAAUAUUUGACCCCCACCUACACUCCUCCCCUAUGUACUUCCUGCUGGGGAAUCUCUCUUUCCUGGACAUAUGGCUGGCCUCAUUUGCCACUCCCAAGAUGAUCAGGGACUUCCUUAGUGAUCAAAAGCUCAUCUCCUUCAGAGGAUGUAUGGCUCAAAUCUUCUUCUUGCACUUUGUUGGAGGGGCUGAGAUGGUACUUCUUGUUACCAUGGCCUAUGACAGGUAUGUGGCCAUAUGCAAGCCUUUGCAUUACAUGACAGUGAUGAGCCGGCGGACUUGCGUGGGGCUGGUGCUGGUUUCAUGGGUCAUUGGAUUUGUGCACUCCAUCAGUCAGGUAGCCUUUACUGUAAAUUUACCUUACUGUGGCCCCAACGAGGUGGACAGCUUUUUCUGUGACCUUCCUCUCGUGAUCAAGCUUGCCUGCCUGGACACCUAUGUCUUGGGUAUACUUAUGAUCUCAGACAGCGGGUUGCUUUCCAUGAGCUGUUUUCUUCUCCUCCUGAUCUCCUACACUGUUCUUCUCAUCAAUGUCCGACAGCGUGCAGCUGGUGGGAUAUCCAAAGCACUCUCAACCUGCUCUGCACAUAUCAUGGUAGUCACACUCUUCUUUGGGCCCUGGAUUUUCAUUUAUGUGUGGCCUUUUAGUAGGUUCUCUGUGGACAAGCUCCUCUCUGUGUUUUACACCAUUUUUACUCCACUCUUGAACCCUCUUAUCUACACACUGAGAAAUAAGGAGAUGAAAACAUCUAUGAAGAAACUAAGAAACCGACAUGUGACUUUUCACUGA